CGCACCGUUGCCGACUAACCUCGCAUGAUACAGACAACGAACAGAGAACAUGUAGGAAAGAUAAACAUGUGUGUUAUGCCUGGAGCUCGAAGGCAGAUUGAUCGUGUUUUUCAAUACUAAAUGUUUGUGCCGCGUGGAAAUGCGAUGAAUCACCACUACGCUUAGUAGGAAACAUAGAGUGAAGAAAAAGAGACACGAUCAAGAAGAAAAGAGAGUGGGCAGGAAAGAAAUGGAAGGGAUGGAAAGGAUAUAAGAAUGGGAAAAAGGUGGGUAUGUAGGCGGAUUCAUUCGGAUUCGAUAUUCGUUCUGCGCUACCAUCUCGUCCCCAAGAAGAAACAAGAAAACCACCCCCCAUCACACCUCCCAAAUCUACUUUCCACCACCUUCCUUCCCAUCCUUCCUUCUCCCUUCCCCACCUCCACUCGCCCCAGAAGCAUUCGUAGUCGCCUUCCUCCGCCGCCUCGGCUGAUAAACAUCAUUAAAAUUCAUCACCAUCGCUAACCACCUCAUAUCAUGAUCAGGCUGAUGCACCAGAUCCCCCAGCAAGAUCGUGAUCCUAGUCUCAAAGUCUUU